AUGGAGCCUAUUUCGUCAAGUCCGCUAUCUUCGGUAGCCUCAGCCCCAGACUCAGAGUUCUCGUCGCCACUCUCACGGCUCUCCAAAACACCAUCGUUACCCAACUCCCCCGAUAACAGCAUCGUCAUGUCGCAAGACCCUGCCAAUCGCUACCCUUCGCCCAUGUCGACGACUCCCUCUUCCGGAACCCAAACACCGAGCAAAUUAGAGUCUUCCUCCCGCGCUGGGAGUAGGCCACCCCCAUCCAACGCAGAUUUACCAGUCGAGGAUAGACCCCCGCCUGCAAAAAAGCGUAGAGUUGCUGCGCCGCCCAAAGUACGAACCACCGAAUACCUUGAUCUCAGCAAGCCCGACCCGGAGUUUUCCGCCGAUGACGAGACCCUGCGGCAAAGGCUGGUCACCGCCCUAAAGAAGAAGAAGAAAAUUGUGGUCAUUGCAGGCGCCGGUAUUUCUGUAUCUGCCGACAUCCCCGACUUCCGCUCCUCCACCGGUCUGUUCGCGGCCCCAGGGUCGCAAAACCAGAAGAUGAGGGCAUCUGGAAAGCACUUGUUUGAUGCCUCCGUCUACAAACAUGAUGCAUCAACCCAAUCUUUCCACACAAUGGUUCGUGAGAUGGCUGAAAUGGCCAACAGGGCCAAGCCCACACCAUUCCAUCAAAUGCUGGCUUCCCUCGCUCAGGAAGGACGACUCCUUAGGCUCUACACUCAAAACAUUGACUGCAUUGAUACCUCAAUGAAGCCGCUCGCUACCCAAGUACCCCUUAACCCGAAAGGUCCCUGGCCCAAAUCUAUUCAAAUGCAUGGCGGGCUGGAGAAAAUGGUAUGUACUAAAUGCGGCGAUCUUAGCCCAUUCCGAGGCGAGGUUUUCGAUGGACCUGAAGCCCCCUUAUGUGCGGCCUGCGAGGAAUUGGAGAGUGUGCGCGUUGAGUACGCUAAAAAGCGAGGCCGCGGCAUUGGUCGACUCCGACCGCGCUUUGUGCUCUACAAUGAGUACAACCCGGAUGAGGAAGCCAUCGGCAAUGUCUGCCGCGCAGACCUCAAGACACGACCUGAUGCUGUUCUCGUUGUUGGCACGAGUCUCAAGGUCCCCGGCACACGACGAUUGGUCAAGGAGAUGUGCCAGGUCACCCGUGGUCGAAGGGAUGGAUUCACAGCCUGGAUCAACGUCGAUUCGGAGCCUAAGGGGGCCGAGUUUAAGGACUGCUGGGAUGUUGUUGUGCGCUCCAAGUGCGAUGUGAUUGCGAGAGAAGUCGCCCUCCCUCCGUGGGAUUGCACCCUCGGUGAUGAUUAUAAGGUGUCUCCCGAGGAGCACCAGGAGAACGAGAAGCGAUGGAACACGCCUGCACUGAGCCCCAAAUUCGAGGUCCACGUGCCUGUUGUUAAGCCUAAGGCGAUGGAGGAGGUUGCGGCUAUGCCGACACCUGUUUCCAGCCCUGGGAGGUCUGCCGAGCCACAACUUGCCAAGAAGACAAAGCAGAGCAAAUUGGCAUUUGGUGCUGCUUCUCAGGCCUCGAAGAAACCUACCAAGGCUACGAAGCCUCGUGUUCGCAAGCUAAAGAAGGCUAGCAACAAGGACGCCUCCUCCAACACAAUGCUUGACAGUUUCAGGUCCGUUAAGAAUGUUAUCGACCGGCCGGGCAAACCCGCUGCGAAAUUACUGGACAAGGAUUUCAUCGAAGUGCUACCCCUUCAGCCAUCAACAGGCGACAACAUCAUUAUUAAGCAGGAGGUGACCAUUAAGGGGUCAGAUGAGAUUGGCUUUGACCAACCGACAACACCGGAGCACAAGCGCCUACAUUUCAAAGAAACGAUAUCUCCUAAAUCACUCCCCAAGGGAAUGGGACGUCUGAUUGAUGUAUGA